CAGCCCAAUACCGUCUUUUACGCAGAUGCAAAGCCAGUAACAUCAUGUUUUCAACCUUUCACCUCAACAACGCUGGUGGCGGCUCUCGCUCACACAGACGAUCUGCUCAUACGCUACGAGCGUGUGUGCGGUGUCGACAGGCUCGCAUCAAGUGCGGUGACGAGAGACCAUGUCAAUCCUGCAAGAGCAGUGGGAAACAAUGUUUUGACGAAAGGCCAGUGCGAAGGUCAGAGCAGUCACGGAUAACACCAAACACCAUUGUUGUCUCCCCACGGACUGGCCAUCUCGCCCCGCAUCAAGCUGAGGAAAGCCAAUCAAGUCUUACUUCAUCAAACACUACAUACAGAAGGGCUACAUCUUCAAAGUUCUUCCUGGAGAAUCUUGAGGCUAAACUCCGCCAAUCAAGCCCCGGCCAGGAUUUUGACACAUCCCUCUUCGAGCUGAGUCCAUAUAUACCACAGCCAUUCCUGGCCAUACCAGGUCUCCCCUCAAACCUAUUAGGAAACACAAUUGGGGUAAAUAUGGAUAGACAACUAGAGGAGUCACUAGUAUCCACAUUCCUCCAGUCUUAUCAGAUUGUCGCACCUAUAUUGGACGCAUCCUGGCUCUGGACGCACUACGCAUGUCUAUGGACCAUUAAUUCAGACAUGUAUCGUCAACGGUGUCCGCUCAUCGAGAUCAUCCUCGCGUUAGGGACUCACCAGGUGUUGACGCUAUCUGUUGACGACAACGGUUACAACGCAGCUACUUUGGCGUAUAGUCCACCCGGCUAUGAUCUAUUUGAGAUUUCUCAGAUGGAAUUACUCAGAAGGACAACCGGACCAGAUUUGCUCAGCGUUCAGGCAUACAUAUAUGCUGCCAUCUACGCUGGCAAUCUGCAUUCACACUACAAAGCCCAUCAAAUGCUAUCACUAGCAGUUCGAGAUGCAUACCUACUCGAUUUGUCAAGUGGGAAUAGCGGCGCAGAACAGCUGAAAGGUCACAUAUCUGCAAAGAGGACAUGGUUGGCUUUACAGAUUAUGGAUACCAUUAUGUCAAAAGAAUCAGGCCUGCCGUUUCUGAUCCCAGCUACAAGAAACGAAGAAGUUGAUCUUGGUGACUUCGGGACUACUUACGACACUUUGAAUCACAACGGACUGUCCUACUUGGAGUUUUUCAGGCAGAUACACAGACUAUCUCAACUUAUUCGACAAUCUACUGCCGACUUUGACCAGAUUUGUAAUCAACAUAACUCUCCCGAUAUCUAUAUACACAACUUCUACAGUAAAGGGGCAUCAUCUGUAAAGACAUCAAUCAAGGCAAUGUCAACGUGGUUCAAAGCCAUUCCCCCUGCCCUCAAAAACUUUACCAAGGACACUUCUGAUAAUACUAGCGAUAACAACCACAACAACCUCGACUCCUCCCUAGACGGUGAUAUCCCCAUGUGGCUUCACCGGCAAUCUCUAGCCCUCAAAAUGUCCUACCACAUGGCCUGCCUCCUCCUCCUCCGCUCCUUCUCCCUCUCUCCCCCUACCACCACCAUCGAGAGCAGCCACCACUCCACCUCCGCCGAACUCAGCAUCACAUGUCUCAAGCACGCGAUAUCACUCACGGCAACUUUGGCGGACAACCUAAACAGCGGCUCGUUCAACGUUCUGGCGCAGGCGACGAGGUUUCAGUGGCUGGCCAUGCUGUGUCUUACGGGAUACGUGAGCACUCACACGACAACGCCCCACACUACGAUGGUGGCGCGGAGGGCGGUGGGUGUGAUAAUUAGGAAUCUAGAGAGGUUGGCGGAGCACAGGGUGUUGCAGGCGAGGGAAGCGGUGGAGAGGGCGAGGGGGUUGGUGGAGAUGAUGAGGGUGGCCGUUGAGGGAACCAUAAGUAAGGUUUGUCAAUUGGGGCAGCCUGAUUUAACACAGCUGUUCUUAUCCUCAUCUUCAGAGCUGGUGGACUCUAUGACGGUAGGGUCAGUGGACUUGUGGAGUGAUCUUUCAUCAUUACCGUACCACCCUUGAAGAGUCACCGCAAGAAACGGUAUAAUAAGAUAGCGGCUAUACAGCAAAUUAUAUAAAAACCGUCCUCGUUUAGUAUAACUACUUUAUAUAAGUUCAAG